AUGGGUGCUAUUCCGGAAGCCGACCCCGAUGAGGUCCUCGAGACCAAGCCCUUCAAGUUUGUCACUGGUAAGCUACGAUGCCCGUUUCCCCAGAUGAACCAGACCAAGCACUGCUGGCAGAACUAUGUCGACUACUACAAGUGCACCACUGCUAAGGGCGAGGACUUCCGCCCCUGCAAGCAGUUCUACCACGCCUUCCGCUCUCUCUGCCCCAAGGCCUGGACCGACCGUUGGGACGGUCAGCGCGAGGCUGGCAACUUCCCUGUCAAGCUUGACAAAUAG